GGUAGCGCUUGCUAAAAGCAGCAGCCAAAGGGCUGCCCCGGCGCGCCCGGAGGCUUGGGUGGAGGCUACGCACGCGUUUGGUGAAUACGCCUUGGGGGCGUGACCACUGAACGCAGCGCAGCCGGUACCAUGCGCACCCUAGACAUGGCGCUGGUUCCCAGCGGCCAGCCGUCCAAGAAGCAGAAAGUUGUUAGACCCGUCGAGCUGCUGUGUCUGGAAGACAACACGUCGCAGAUCAACAGCACGGUGCCCAUCGACGUACCACUCUUCAAGCCGACUCCUGCCACCGUUCACUUUUCGGGGUAUGAACCCUUUAGCACGGUGACGAAGACGUUGCGGUUCAGAAAUGGUGAUUAUGUGGCGCGGCGCAUCAAGGUCUUACCUCCCAAGUCACCGUACUUCGAGAUCAGCGGUGGGAAACGAGCCGCCAGUAAAGUCGCCCCGGGCAUGGAGGUAGUUUUUGAGGUGACCUUUCGACCGCAGGAAGUUCGCGAAUAUAGUGUAGACUUAGUUUGUUGUACGGAACGAGAAAAGUUCAUCGUCCAGGUCAAGGCCGCGGGCUUUAGACCUAGACUGUCCCUACCCUCAGAGGUCAACUUUGGCGCAGCGGCGGUCAAGUCCACAAAAGCUAAAAGUAUGUUGGUGCAGAACACGGGGAGUUGUGUAGCUCGCUUCCGACUGUCAUGUGACGUCCCGGAGUUUUCUGCCUCACCAUCUGAAGGGUUAGUGCACCCGGGCCAGAUGGCAACUCUAGAAUUAUCCUUCUCGCCCCAAUGCGUGGAACCCUACGAAGGGCGACUACUAGUGGAGUAUCUUGGAGGUGAAAAGACGGUCGCUACUGUUUUACUGAGGGGCGUGGCAGAAGACGUCGACGUGCACCUCAGUACAAAUAAUUUACAACUGGAGCCGGCCUACGUAUCGUUAUCUUCACAAAGGACGUUCAAAGUCCGGAACGCGUCCGAAAUCCCCGUGACCUUCUCCUGGAAGCAGUUCCAGGACUCCGCUGAACAAGAGGCGGAACGCGAGAGACUCCGGUCGGAUUUAGAAAGGAUGCAGCAGUUGGAAGAGGCCCAUCUCGAGGAGGCUCUCUCAAAGCGGCCGCCGUCCGACGACGAAGGGUCGGAUGGCGAUUUGUCAGGGGAUGAAGGCCACGUUUCUGCUGGUGCUAGGGCGGCUCGGUCUGCACUCGCCACGAAGUAUAGGCAUUUGAGACAAGCCCUCGAGAAGGACGACAUGGUCUUUUCCGAUGAGACCUUCGAGAUCAAGCCGCUGAGUGGGGAGGUGCGCGCUUUGUCCGAAGUGGAUAUACACGUGAUGUUCCGCCCUGAUACCGCCGCGGACUACGCCUGCACGGCUUAUUUAGAUGUUGUGGGGCGGGAGGAACGCUUGCCAGUGUGGCUGACGGGCAUCGGCAUCGGGCCGAAGGGUGCUCUGUCGUAUGACGUCCUCGACCUCGGCGACGUCUUCGUGGGGCACCCCUACUCCUAUACACUGUCCAUCGAUAAUAAAGGAGACAUCCCCGCGGCGUGGCGGUUGAAUCCUCCCGAGAGUGAUGCGUUUGUCGUCGAACCGACGCAAGGCACGCUAGCUGUCUCCGGUACGCAACAAUUGUCCGUAGAGUUCCUCGGAAGCACGCUAGGCGAGUUCUGCGAGCUCGUCGACGUGGAGUUGGACGGUUCCAACGAAAGAUUGACCUGCCAGUUCAAGGGCCACGUCAUUGGACCCACUUUUCAUUUUGAUGUCGAUGUGGUCGAGUAUGGGUUAUGUAGUUUUGCCUUCGCCCACGAACGCACUCUGGAACUCACAAACACGGCGGACAUUGGGAUGGACUUCGUCCUAAAAAUCCCGCAGGACGGCCAGUACGGCGCGCCCGAGUUUGUGCUGGAGCCGUCUUCUGGUUCACUAGCACCGGGCGCUUCAGUUACGAUCAAGGUGACCUUCACGCCGGCCACCAUCAAGGUCUACGACUUCUAUAUUGUCGUAGAUGUCCCAAAUGUGGGAGAAGCCUUACUAAGUCUACCGGUCCAAGCAGAAUGUAAGGUAGCGGACGUGUCAUUGCUACGGGACGACCUCGAUCUAGGAGAAUGCUUCCUGCGGUACCCCUACGAGACGGAUUUGAUCUUAGUUAACAGGUCAUCAGAACUACAGGCGAGGUUCGACAUCCAGCCCCAGGAGAAGCCUACUACGGUGAUAGGGGAGUACUCGUGCGAUCGUAUCUCCGGAAUCAUCGCGCCCAACUCUAGGGAAAGUGUCCGAGUCACGGUAAGAUGCAAUCGCCUCGGAAAUUUCAGACUACCAGUAGCGACGGCCAUCGCCGGUUCUCCACAACCGCCGCUCCAGUCCAACCUUUGUGCUACGGUCAAGGGUCCGGUAUUAGCGGUCGAACCCCAGUCCAUAAACUGGGGCCCGACGCCGUGCUUGUAUGAUGCUCCCAGAAGUUUAGUAUUGACGAAUACGAGCUGCAUCCCGGCGCCGUUUCGGACGUUCGUGAAAAAUGCGCGCAGCAAGUUUAGGGUCGACGUCCGCGAAAGCGUCCUGGCGCCGAACCAGUCCAUGGAAUUAAAUGCGAUCGCUUGUCUGGACGACACGACGAACCACAAGGACCAAGUACAUAUUGCCGUAGCAGAAGGUGAGACCGUUGUGGUACCUGUCUCGGCGCGAGGUACGGGUACGACGAUAUUCUGCCACGAACGACUAGAAGAGAUGGACUUCGGCUCGCAAUUCUCCUCGACCAUCUUCGAGCGGAAAGUGACCCUCGAGAACAAAGGGCGGCGCCCGCAAACGCUGAAAUGGGUUAACGAGACACAUACUAAUCUCCUAUUAAACGUCAUGGCCAAGCGCAAGAAGGCCCAGAAGGACGGCGUGAAAUUCAAGAUGGAGGACCCGGAACCUGUGUUUACGGUGUCGCCGGCGGAGAUUGAGCUACGGCCGAGGACGGCGGCUAUCUUUACGUUCCGGGGUUAUGCGCCCAAAAUCGGUGCUGUCGAGGAGUUAUUAGUUUGCGAGACGAAAGUGCAAAAGGAGAAGAACUCGCGGACCGUGUUCCGUACCACAUUUAAAGCCGAUGUCAGUAACCCGCUCCUCGAGUUUUCCUCGCCGACGGUCCAUUUCCGCUACGACUGGGAGCCUGAUGUCUUAGUUACUCCUCAGACGCAGGAGUUGUCGAUGAGAAAUAGAUCAGAUUUACCUGUGAGCUUCGCAUUGAAGUGCCCGUCACCGUUCCACGUCGAACCCAGUUCUCUCAGUCUGGAGGCGGGUGAAGCUGCUACAGUACACAUUAGAUUCGACCCGGGCUACAAGGGCGACCGGCAGUCCCAAUUAUUGGAACCGAAACUAGUCAUAGCCUACACCAAUCACCCGCAAAAAGACUCCGUACAGCUCAUCGGGGAAAUUAACUACCCAAACUUGCAUUUCGAAAGUAAAACUGUAAACUUCGGCUGCAUCCUCAACGACACGCAGAUGACGUCGACGAUGCGGAUUACCAACUCCAGUAAAGUGCCCGUGGACUUCCACUGGGCCUUCCUCGAGGACGCCGAACGGGAAGCCCGUAAAGCAACCGAGAAGAAGCCCUAUGUCCCGGUCAAUCAGGUCUUCGAUAUCUUGCCUAUUCGGUCGCACCUGGAACCGGACGAGUACAAAGAUGUCGACUUCGUGUACUAUGCGCAUGCGGGUCGCAAAUUUAAGGGGAUAUGUCUCGCGGAGGUCGUGGGCGGGCCCGAAUAUCAACUUUCACUGAUUGGUGAGGGGUCUACCGUCGGCUUUAAGCUCGAUAAGUCGAGUUUGGACUUCGGUUCAGUGUUAUACACGCAGUUCAAGGAGCUCGAGUUUACGAUCCACAAUACGGGCAAGGUCGCGUUUCCCUUCUCCGUCAUGUGCGACGCGAAAGAUCCGGAAGCUCAGGUCUUCGAGAUCUCUCCUAAGUCUGGACGAGUCGCGGAGAUGUCCAAGCAGGUCGUCAAGGUAUGUAUGCGUCCCGGCUUGCCUCGGAACUUUGCUGAGAAUUUGAUUGUCGAGUGCGCGCAUUUUAAUCCGAUCUACUUCCCCGUGACCGGUGUGGGGAUCUACUCUACUGUUAGUAUCGCUCUACCGCGGGACCAGGUGAAGAUGAGCGACACCGUAAAAGACUUUGGCGGUAGCUGGGCGUCGUGCUUGCAGACGACCAGGGAGCUCGUGAAAGAAAAGAAAUUACAUCCUGAUGAACCACCGCCGCCGCCUACCUUGAAUCUGCCCCUCUUCGCGAUGGCGCAACCUGUCGUUGAGGAACCGCCGCCAGUUCUCAAGGAAAAAACAAUAAGGAUCACGAUGGCCGAAGUGGAAGCAGAAGCCAAUCGUCGUAUAUUCUUGGAUCACUUGCGAGGCAUAAGGCCGCCGACGGGUGCGCUGCGACCGACCUCCAAACAAAGCAACCGGUCGCAAUCGUCGGUCCGGGACGGGCCCGCUCCCGGUUCUGAUUUUGUGCUGGCCUGGCACUUGUGCGACUUCAAGCACGUCGUGUCUGGUGCUACGAAAAAGCGCAAGUUCCUCAUAAAGAACGACUCCGAGUCCGGGAGGUUGUCGUGGUCCGUGGACAAGAAGCUGCUGACCAAUACUGGUUUCUCAGUAGAUCCGGAAAAGUUCGUCCUGGCGGAAGGCGAAGCGACGACUUUUGAGGUUAACUUCAAGGCCCAGAAGAACCUACCGCUCGGUGAUCGGGAGUUACGGCUACCGAUAACCCAGAGGAACGGCCCGGUCACGAUGGUUGUUUUAAGGGCCUCUAUAUGUGUCCCGGAAGUCGUCGCGUCGCACGAUGCUUUAGAGUUCGGCGACGUCUGGACGGGCUGUGGGCGCACGGCCUACGUCCAGCUGCAUAACGUGUCGCCAGUGCCGGCCGAGUGGGAUUUCAAGGCUCCGCUCGGGAAAGCGAGGGACGCGCACCGGUUCACGCUGACGCCUCGUUCUGGUGUUCUCAAGCCUUCGGAGAAGGUGAACGUGGCCGUCGAAUUCGCGCCCGUCGACGAUAGGCCCUGCUCGUUGCGCUUGCCGCUCAAGGUGGCCAAUUCUACUUCUUCUUCUACUCUACUAUUUACGGGCAAGGGCAUUGCCGCCAAGUUAAAAUUUGAGCCUUCUCUGGUCGAAGUCGGGCCCAUCCUACCGUUCUCUGAUAUAGUAUCAGGAGCAGUUACAUUACGGAACGCGUCCGACCGGCCCGUCGAGGUCUUCUCGUUGGAUUUCGACACCGACUUCAUGACGGAAGAAGAACAGUUGAGGGAGCGAGACGAUCUGGACUGGGACAACAACCUCAUCAGACUACCGGUCAGGGAGCCCGGGUCACAAUUGGCGCUGCCCGAUCUACCAGAAGAAGUCGACGAGGCGGCGCCGGCGCCGGCACCUAUCACUUUUGAGGACGACGGCCUCGAAGCGGACGAGGACGCGCUGGGCGGGCCGUUCGUCAUGUCGGACGCCGACAACCACGAAACGCGGUGGCUCGACGACGAGCCGUCCCUGCGGAUGAGGGGUAUGGCGCGCGACGUCAUGCUCGUGGCGCCGCCGCUCAUGCACGGCCCCGCGUUAGCCGAAGCCUUUGCGGCGAAACACGGCUACGCGCUCACGACGCCCCUGGCCGCUCUUAUGGCCUGCGCGGUCGUACGGUCGGAGCUGGGCGACGAAGUAAGGGCGGCCCUGGGCCUGAAAAGUGCUGUUGUGCCGCCUUCUCCUGCUGAAGAAGGCGUCGAGGAGGCCGACGCCGAGCCGGCCGCCGACGAGGCCGAAGAGCCGGCCGCGGAGGAGCCGGAGCCGGAGCCCGAGCCGGCCGAGGCGGUGCCGGACCCCGAGAAAAUUGCAAAGGUCCUCGGGGACGUGCUCGCGUGGCGCGCGACGCGCGCCGACGCGGGCCGCGGUCUCGUCGUCGACGCCUCGGAGCCGGCGGCCGACGCGCCGUCGUUGCAGGCGGUCGCCGCGGCGUGCGUCGCCGGGCUGCCGAACUGCGCCCUGGCGGUCUUGGAGGCGACGAAUGAAGAGAUCGAAGCGACAUUACGAGCGCUGGACGAGGAGUGCGAGCGGUGCCUCGCGGCGCUCGAGGGCGUCGACGACGCGCCGGUGUCGCCCCCCGCUUCUCCCCAGAAGGAUUCCGAGGAAGAAGGCCCUCAGCUCGCGCGCGACGCCGCACUGGAGACGGAGGCGAGCCGGCCGCCGGCGCGCGCGCCGGUCGUGCCCGAGGCGCUCGGCGGCCGCGUGCCCGGCGCGUCCGACAUCCGCGAGACGGCGGCCGAGGUGCGCCGGCGCAUCGCGUCGUGCUUGGUCGAUGGAAAGCUCCGCGGGGCGGCCGAGGCGCCCGCCGCCGUCGAGGAGGUGGCGGCGCCGGCCCCGGUCGCCGAAGAGGAUCCAGCGGCGGAGGCGGAGGAGCCCGCCGCCGAAGAGCCGGAGGCCGCGGAGCCCGAGGAGCCGGCGGCGCCUCCCGCGGAAGCGGAGGACGCGGCCGCGCCGCACAAGGAGUUCCAGGAAGCACUUGUGAAGGCGCGCGCGGCGUUCAGGGCGGCCGUCGACGCGUUACCGGAGCCGCCGGCGCCCGAAGCCGACGGUGAAGAGGACGCGCCGGCGCCGCCGCCGUCGCUCGCGCCGGAGGAGCGCCUCGUCCAGUUCGGCGUGCUGGAACCUAUUAUAGUAGAAGCAGCCGUCGAGGAGGCCGCCGCGCCGGCGCCCGCGCCGCUCGAGGCUUCUGAUAUUACCGCGGCGGUCGUGGAGGCGGCGGACGACUCGACGGUCGCUACGGAAGACCAGCAGCAGCCGAAGGAGGAGGAGCCCGCGCCUCUGGAGCCCAUCAACGAGGAGCUCGUCAUCGACCUUGACAGUGAAGCGCCGCUGGACAAUCUUGUGAAUGCGGCACCUCAACCUUUGGAGCCGCUCCCCGAGCCCGGUUACCUCAAAAUCCCGGAGCCCGUGACGCAGCAGCUCGUCAGGAGACCUCGAGAACGUCCUUCGAGGGCCCCGCAGACGCAGUUCAUCCUCGUGCCCGAGCCGCCGCGGCCCGAGGCCGAACCUACCGAUGAAGAGGCCGCUGCCCCGGCGCCCGCACCUUCACCAGAGGACGAAGAGCCGUUGCCGGAGUACGACCCCGAGACUCGAAGCAGGUGGGUCAUCCCCGCCCGCGGUUCCGUGAGAUUCGCCGUCAAGUUCGAUUCCAAGCGCGUGGGACUGACGAACGCUUCACUAUGCUUUGAAGUUGUUGGUGCACCCUCAUCAGAGGUAGCAUUACCUUGUGCUGGUAGCUGUGCCGUGCCCACUCUUAAUGCCGAUCCAAGAAAUGUUUUCAUGUCGAGAGUCAAGAACCCGUCCCGACCGCCGAAGCCUCCCGUAUCCAAGAGGUUCGUCCUGAGUCAGAACGAGUACGACUUCGGGCCCUUGCUGACCUGGAAGACGGCCUCCAUGAAAGACGACGAAGGAGACAAGGUAAAGAGCAAUUGUGACAUUUUGAGAAUGUCGAACAACGGGCCCUUCGCUACGACCAUCAACCUGGAUUUCGGACGGGAAGACACGGUCUUCUCCGUCGAUGAGGAGGUGAUGGAACUCGAGCCAGGUGACACGAAAGACUUAGCAGUGUGGGCCUUUCCUUCUGAGGUAGGAGAAGUGAAGGACACGCUCUACGCUUCGGUAGCGCAGAACCCGGAGCCCUACGCGUUCGCGUUGACCUGUACGGGUGUGGAACCUCUGGUCGAGAUGGAAGGGCCCUGGUCUGAUCAAGACGGUGUUUCGGAAGAGGAAUCAUCGGUGUUGCUAGACUUCGACCGGUUAUUAUUAGGUAGAAGUGAAACGAGGGAGUUCGUCCUGAAAAACACGUCGUUGUGUGCCGUCGCGUGGAAGCUUGAUUUGUCUCAAUUGGAAGAGUUCGACCGGGAGCUGCGCGUGACGCCGACCGAGGGCGUGAUGAAGAUCCACGGGAGUCAGCGCAUCGUGGUGUCGUUUACCGCUGUCGAAGCCAUCGAGGUCGCACCUACUAUUUUGAUCAACUACUCGGACGACGAAGGAGGUUUGGAGGAUAGGGUCAAGACGCUGGAACUCCCGGUCAAGGCCGAAGCCUACUUCAUCAAGGCCGUGGCCAUCGACGAAGAAGGUGAUCAGGACGAGAAGGCCAAGCCUGGGGUGCUGGACUUUGGCCAGCAACGAGUUGGGGUGACGGCGCAGCUCGGGUUUUCAUUGCGCAACCGAGGCAAGUACGACAUUUCCUACUCCUUCGGGUUCAAGCGCGAGGCCUACUCGAACGUAUUCAGUGUGUUCCCUGAACAAGGUACACUGGCAGCCGAUGCGUCAGAGAGAAUUGUCGUGACGUUCUGCGCAGCAUCAGAAGUACGAUUGCAAGCCAAUAAAGAUAUAAUAUGCACUAUUUCGGAGCCGCACACGGGCGAAGCGGUGGAAUCCUUCCCCGUGACCGUGGCGGCGUCGUCCUUAUACCCGCGGUUCCGAGUGGGACCGCAGCGGGGUAUUGCUUUUGGGUGCUGCCGCUAUAACGACGAACCGAGGGAAAGGACCUUCGAGGUGCGGAACGAGGGGUUAUUUUCCUUCGCGUUCUGCAUUGGUACUCAAGAUGAGGAGGCCGAAGGCUUUGCGAAGUUGCUCGGCGCGACGCCGCCGUCGUUGCUCCUUGGGAGUGCUCAUGAGGACCAAGCUCGUGAAUUAGGCUUGUUGCCACCUGUCGUGGAACCGCCUGCACAAGAGGAAGAUGAAGACGACAAGAGCUAUAGACAACGGUUGGCUCUUCAUGACAAGGAGCAGUCUGUUGAAAGGAGAAACUUCUUCGCCGCGGCGACGUCCGUCGACGACGCCGCACCACCGGACGCCGGUUCCUUGACCACAAAACAGUUCUCUAUAACACCAUCCGGUGGUGUCGUCGAGCCGGGCCAAACUUUGCCAGUGACCGUGACCUUCACCCCAGAGGGUUUGCAGCACCAUCGUGAUAUACUGAAAAUCUUAGUAGCCGGCUGCGAUGCUGAGGAUAAGUACAUCCAGUCAGCUUUGAACUACGAGUUGUUAGCUGAAAGCAGAUCUCCUACGAUAGACUACGACAACUACUACCAGAUCUUCGAGGAGCAGGCCGUCAUUGGCGCGCUCGAGGACGACGCGCCCGGCGGCGGCCUGCCCAUGAACGCCUGCUUCGCCGUCGCCGAGAAGGUGUUCUCGUUCGGGACUACUACGUUGAUGGAUGAUGGGAAAGGAAUAGGAGAAAGAUUCAAAAUUACGAACACGAGCAAAGUCACUUCCAAUGUAAGCUUCUCCAUUAAUGCUAAAGAAGGAGAUGAUCCUAGAGCGCAGAAUGCUUCCGAUUGUUUCGUGGUCCAACCGACGCAGUGGGAGGUGCCGCCGCACGAGCAUCGCUAUGUUACUGUAUAUUUUCAUGCCCGGGAAUUGAGGGAGUACCGAGCGGUGUUCCUGGCGACGGUGGCGGAACAAAGUGAAGAUGCCAUUGGUGCGUUGGAGUUUGAGCUCGCCGGCAAGGGCACCCUCCCUUCGGUAUCUGUCGAGGGUGUCAGUCACGAAGAAACGGGCGAGUGCGUGCCGUUCGGGCGGUUGCAAGUGGGACGUACUAGAUCUAGAACGAUCACCGUCCGGAAUGACGGUGUUCUGGAUGCUACGGCAUUGAUCAACUUUAGUGCAGAAGACAAGCACUUCGUCUGCAAGCAUGCGGGUACCUCGGUCUCACUCAAGCCCGGGGCGUCACAAGACGUACCGAUACUCUUCCGAGCCCUGCCGCAGAAGGAUGGCGACGGCACGGAUAGAGAUGUGUCAGCGAAAUUAGCCAUUAAAGUCAUAGACAACCGCUACGAGGCGUCCAGCAUUGAGUUGCGAGGGGCGACGUUCGAGACGGACCUUUCGAUCGAAGACCUGCCGGACGGCGAGGAGGACGACCUGAAAUUUGGCAAUUUAGCAUUGGGCGACGGUCCUACGUCCCUGAGGGCGGAGUUCACGUUGCGGAACGUGCGGUCAUCUACUGUUCGUUUUUCAUGGCCGGACCACGACAGUGUUACAUUUGUGCCCCAAAUUGGCCACAUCCCGGCGGGCGGCGCUAGGACCGUAGUGGCUUCGUUCAACGCGCCGGAACCGGCUUCGGUGGAUGAGGAACUUGUAUUACAGACGCAGCAGAUCAGCUUCGACGUCAAACAGCCUGAGCCCGAGGAACCUGCUGAAGAGGGUACGGAAGAGGAGCCGCCGGCGUCGCCCUCCAAAGAAUCGGUAUUAACUAUACCGAAAUUACCGGACGGCAUCUGGUCCGACGACGCGAAGAUCGAACGGGAGGCCACGGAGGACGAGAUUGCAUUGUUAGACGGUGAAGAAACGCCAGAAGGCCUCACGGAUGGAGGCACGUCACUAGACGGACGGCGACUCGUACUCGUACAAGUACCGGAACCGGAAUAUGAGGUAAUAAAGGAGCAAACGCAAACGAUGAGAUGUGUCGCGACGGCCGACAAGCCUUCCUAUGCCUGCGAGACUACGUCUCUCCAAUUCAACGCCAUCCCCAUGUACCAAUCUUUGAGAGCGACCUUCCAAGUCGAAAAUACGAGUACCAUCCCGCUACCGUAUAAAAUGCUCAUGACCAAUGAUGGGAGCCCGAUGACCGCGGCGUCGCAAAGGCGACCGCAGACCGGCGGUGCUGUGUAUGAGCCCAUCCCCUGCCCCUUUGAGAUCGAACCGGAGGAAGGCAGCGUGACGCCGUCGUCGUCCCAGACGUUUGUGGUGCACUUCUCACCAAUCGAGGUCGACGAUUAUCAAUAUGUGUUAGAUUGUGUGAUGCCGACGCUGACGGCGUCGCCCGGCGAGGAGGAGCCCCAAGCACCAAUAAGAAUCACGAUGCGAGGUCGAGCGACGCGACCGGCCUGUCAUAUCGACCUUGAGUCGGAUUCUGAUUACUUGUCGCGACGAGCCCCGAACCUCCUAAAUGAGCACGGCCAGAAGGACCAGAUCGAGAGUCAGAACGUGCGGAUCGUGGAAGUGAAGUCCAAGGGGUUGAGGGUGCAGAACCGGCGACGAUUUCUCGUGACGAACCCGACCGCGAGCGCGUACGACUUCCACUGGGAGCCCUGCGGCCAGCCCCACGCGUCGUGGAAGACGCCGACGCCGCGGGGCAUGAUCUUGGCCGGGAAGCGCGGCGAGAUGAUCUUUGAAUUUACGCCCUCGUCGACAGAUACGGCGGAAGCGUUUUAUAGGUUUGAGGUGCCCGAGCACGGCAUUUCGGAGCUGUUUUUAUUUGUGGGCACUGUCUUGGAGCCUCGGGUGGCCUUUGAUAUUACCAGAGUCGACUUCGGCGCGAUCAUGCUCGGUAGUCGUUGUACGGAGACCGUGCACUUAGUAAAUAGCGAACAUUUACCCUUCGCGUUCAAUUUUGAGAAGCCCGCGUUAGAUGAUGAAUCCGCCGUCAAAAAAGCGAACAAGGGCCCCACGCUCGAGAUCACGCCAUUAUCUGGCUUGGUGCCGCCGAACGGCCGGGCCGCGGUCGAGCUCAGCUUCCGACCGACGGAAGAGGCGGUCCUCAAUGCGAACCUGAACUGUUCUAUAAGAAAGAAGAAGAUGAAACUCAGCUUGAAUGUCAAGGGCGAGGGCUACGCCGUACACUCCAAGUUACUACUGCUGGAAGGCACCGCGGCCGCACGCGCCAGAGAAGAGCAGGAGGGCACCGAUGGCGCCGUCCUAGAUAGUGGAGCGGGCAUCCCGCUGGGUGGCGAGGGCAUCACGGACCUCAAGCCGGCGCCUCAUAUCAAUGUCGUCGACUUUGGCUUAGUACACCUGAACCAGUCGGCCUCGAAGAUUCUGGCCAUCGCGAACACGGGCAAGUUCAACUUCGACUAUGUUUUGGAUCGGGGCGAUUCGCCGAACCCGAUGCUCGUGAUGACCGGGGCGCGACAGGCUGGGGCUGUUCGGAAAAAUGGCCGCGUGCAGGCUUCUCUCACGUUCCAUCCGGUGACACCUUGUCAGCUAGAUGGUGGGGUGUAUACGGUCUCCAUAGCGGGCAAGUACGAAUACAUCCUCAAGUUGGCUGGGACCGGUGCGGCUCCGAACCUGCGGUUCUCGUUCCUCGAGCACGACUUCGCGAGCUGCUUUACGGUGACGCCCGGUCAACCACCUCAUAAAGAGACCGUUGUGUUGCGUGUCAGCAACCAGGACCCUAGUCAAAACUUAUCCUUGGAUUGCACGCUACCGCGAAACAAGAUUUUACAGGUAGAAUGUGGUCCUCGAGUAUUAGCGCCGGGCGAGCACGUCGAGGUCCCGAUCCACUUCACGCCUCGAGAGAUUCAGGACUACGCCUUCCAGGUGCCCUUUUUAGUGAAUGGCGUGUCGACGGUGCAUGUUAAAGUAGAAGGAAAGGGCGUCGCCGCGCGCUUGGAGUUAGUACAACCGCAGCAGGCGGACUGCUCGUUCGGACGGGUGCGGGAGGGUGAAGACGUGACCAAGCACAUCCAAGUGGUGAAUCGAAGUGCUAGACCGCUAGACUUUGAAUUACUGGAUGAGGGCGGUGUCUUAGCGGCGCACGACGUCUCCGUGAACCCGAGGCGCGUUGCUGGCUUGAAGCCGAAACAAGUUCAGAGCAUCGAAGUGAGGUUCGCGCCGCAGAAGCGGAACCGGGACUUCGACCAUCCUCUCGUGCUGUCGUACGCCGGUGGUCUGAGGCCCUUGGCCAAGGUUUCGGGCCGAGCCACGGGCAUGGACGUCGUCCUGUCGACGGAUACGUUAGCUUUUGGAGCGGUCUGCGAAGGCUCAAGAAGAACGCGAAAGUUGAUGUUAGAGAACGCGGGCGACAUCGCGACGCGGUUCCAGUGGAAUCAGCGCACGAUCGGCGACUUGUUUACCGUUUCACCGUUGGAGGGUGCUCUACGGCCGGAGACGGAAAUUGCGUUUGACGUGACCUUCUCCCCCAAAGCGGUGAACAAUGACGUACGAAUCGACGGCAUGCAGUUGUUCGUGGAAGGCGCGGCUCCGCUACGGUUGUCCUGCGUCGGGGCUUGCGUGCCACAACCGGACGAGUCCAAGCAGACCGUCUCCUUUGAAAGUGUUGCGAGAAAAGAGUGCAUCGAGCAGGUGUCGAUCAAGAACCCGACGCAGAAGCCGAUCUUCGUGGCGCCGACGCUCAAGCAUUCCGAGUUGCUCGAGCACUUCCGCGCGCCGGCCGAAGUCAGUAUUCCUGCGGGCGGCGAGGCGUCUGUGGACGUCCAGUACUUCCCGCUGACCAUGACGUCGGAGGAGGGGUAUCACUCCGCGGAGCUGUUUGUUGCGUUGCCGGAUGGUUCUGCAGUGUUAUAUAAUUUGCAAGGUAAAGCUGGUCCGCCCGAGACGCUUGUCAUUGACCCGUUGACCACACCUGCCAAGGCCUCUCUACCCAUCACUCUACCAGUCCAGAACUGGCUCUCGACCCCACAACACCUGGACGUCGCGUUCGAGUUGGGCGAAGGUUCGGAUGAUUCGACCUUCCUCGAAGGCACCUCGACGUUCGACGUCGCGGGCGCGGAGACGCGGAACUAUGUCCUGCGCUUCUACUCUUAUAAAGUAGGAACGGUCACGGCCACGGCGACCUUCACGAAUCCUGGGUCAGGAGAAUAUAUUACGUAUGAACUUAGUGUGGAAGUCACAGAAGCGGGCGUCGUGCAGACGUACAAUCUCGAGGCUCCGAUCAGGCAAACAGCUAGACGAUUGAUCACCAUCGACAACCCGCUGCCGGCGGACGCGCCGGUCACGUUCCCGGACACCUGGUGGUCGUGCGACGACCCGCACGUUCGGUUGUCUCGGGUUGGUAGUAUGCAAGGUUCACCAGAAGGUGUCUUUGAGUUGGAGUUUAGGCCGUUAGUACCACAUGAAAAGAAGGACACUGAAUUAGUAUUCAGCAUUGAUGAACUGGGCGAGUUCAAGUACAAACUUACAUUAGGUGCGACGGAGCCGCCGGCGAUCCCUCAACUACGAUUUGAGGCGCCGUUGGGUGGGGCGCAGGUCGAGACGUUCCGAUUUAGGGCGUAUCCCGCGGCUGGAGCGUCGGGCAAGUUCUCGUGUUCGGUCCAGAACGCGCAGUUCUUCGAGGUGAGUGGCGACUGCGGCACGACGGGUUCUGACGACUGGGAGGGCGAGAUGGUCGAGGUCCAAGUCAAGUUCGAGCCGGAGGCGCUUGGUGCGAUCAGUGAUACGUUGGUGAUUGAUGGUGGCCCACAAGGAGAGUACAAGUGCCUCCUCAAGGGCGUCUGUCGCCGGCCCGAGCCGCGCGGGCCCUUCACGGUGGAGCAGGGCUCGAGCGCCACGGUGGAGUUUAGAAACGUCUUCGGCGAUACGCGGGAGUUCUCCUUCGCCGUCGACCACCCCGACUUUUCUGUUGGUGCCGCGAAGGCGUCGGUCAACGCGCGGUCGCCCACAACAUGCGCGGUGUCGUUCAACCCGCAGCCGCCGCCCGAGGAUUCGACGGAGCCGCUGCAGCCCGUCGUGUCCGGCCGUUUAUUGGUGGACGUCGAGCACAACGGCGAGAAGAUCACGUGGGUCUUCUACCUGAAGGGCCUGCGGAAAGACUGA